AAAAGGAAAAAAAAAAAACUAAAAAUAAUAAUAAUUAAAAAAAAUGGCAAAAGGAGCAGCAAAAGGUUCAACUAAAGGAGUUUCAAAAGUAUCUAAAUGGUACAAACCUGAUGAUGAAAGCAGUAGAUUCCAUAGAAGAUAGACUUAAAGAUAAUCUGCACCCAAACUCAGAUCAAAUAUCACCCCUGGAUCCGUAUUAAUUUUAUUAGCUGGUAAAUUCAGAGGAAAAAGAGUUGUUUUCUUAAAAUAACUUAAGAGCGGUCUUUUAUUAGUCACCGGUCCUCAUAAAGUUAACGGAGUCCCUUUGAAAAGAGUCAACUAAGCUUAUGUAAUUCCUACAACUACUAAAGUUUAAUUAGGAAAUAUUGAUCUUAAUAAAUAUGAUGAUGCUUACUUGCUAGAGAACAUGCUAGAUAAAACCCUAAAGCCGGCCUUUUCAAUAUAGAACUCACUGAAGAAUAAAAGAAGAAAGAAUAAGACAGAAAAAAUGCAAGAAAAGUAGACUAAAAUAAUGUAGAUAAAGUAAUUCUUGAUAGUAUUAAAAAAAUAGAGUUCUUGAGAAAAUAUCUUUCAAGCAGAUUCUCUUUAUCUAAUAAUGAUGCUCCACAUGAAAUGAAAUUUUGAAAAAAAAUAAAUUUAAGAAAUAAAAAAAUAAAAAAAAAUCAAGUUUUAACUUAAAAAUUUUUUAUAUGUUUUUAUUUAUUGAAAAUAAAAUAUAAUUAAUAUU